AUGACGAUGGAAGAAGAAGAUGAUGAACCCUUCAUUAUGCCAGAUCUUCCGGAGUACUAUUCUACCGCAAGAAAUUGUCUCAGCCUCGUUGGUCGUCUUCUCAACCCCAGAGAGCAGAAGAUGUCUGGCCUCAUAAAGGAUAUGCCGAGAAAAUGGCAACUUUAUGAGAGAGUUCGAGGAAUUGCUUUAUCCAAAGAUAGGUUCCAGUUUAUUUUCAAGUAUGAGCAAGACCUAGUGAACAUCUUGGAGAGAGGAGUUCAUUCUUUCAAUCAAUGGUCUCUGGCGACCGAAAGAUGGGUAGCUAAACCUCCUCCUGACUAUCUACAGUUCAUUGAGGUAUGGGUUCGGAUGCGGAACAUACCGGUUAAUCACUACACUUCCAAAGCCCUCACUGCUCUAGGAGAUUUUGCCGGUAUGGUGAUAGUAGUGGCCUUUGAUCCAGACAAACCUCAGACCACUGAUUAUGUCAGAGUGAAGGUCAGAUUUGAUCUCACAAAACCUCUCAGAAGAGCAAAGAAAGUGACUUUGCCUGGAGGAGAAGUCGUAAGCAUCCUUUACGACUACGAGCGUAUUCAAAAGCGAUGCUACACUUGCCAACGACUGACGCAUGAUCAAGACCACUGUCCUUUUGAUAGAAAAAAGGCGUCUCAGUCUGAAGAUGUGGAGACUUCUGUUACUCAGAGAAUCGCAUUAUCUCCGGCUCCGAUAAUCAAAGAAUCAGACCCUCUUUUCGGUGUGAUAAAGAAAAGCCAAGUAGGAGUUAACCCGGCUACGGGGAGACUGAAAAUUGCUGAAGAAGUUAUGGAAGGAAUGCGUCAAUAUCUUCUUACAGCAAAUGGUCCAGAACAGAUGGCAAGGAAAGAAAGAAUCAUAAACUCCCUAAAGGAUUUGGAGCAUGAUCCUUUGGGACAGAAAGCCGUGCUUAGGUUGGAGCCAGCCCCUAUCUUCACUACUAAGCUGGAUAAGGGUAAGGGCGUGGUGUUUGAUUUUAAAGAUCAGAAAAAGCACACUGAGAUUCAAGAAAGGACUGAACACGAUAAGCUGAUGGGUGGAGCGAUUCGAGCUGGAAGAGCAAUGUCAUUGGUUGGAAGGUUAGAAUCGAUACAAUCAGAGCAAAUGGUGCAUGAACAUGUCGCCUUAGCCAGCUUCUCUCAGUAUAGUUCAACGGGUUAUAGUAUCGGGUUCUUUGAAUCCGGUACUUCCGGGACUAAAAAGAGAAAGGCUAAACAGAGAAGAAGACCUGGAACGUUCAAGAGAAAGCUCAAUGGAAAGGGGACAAUCAAAGGUCCGUAA